CUCUCCGCUGCCAGAGGUAAGCAUGAUAACUGAUAUGUGUCUGCGCGCUUGUGUCCGACUCCCGGCGUGCCUGCGCUGUCUCCGGAUGACAUUUCUUCUCUGGCGUUUUCGGCUGCAGUUUGUUGGUAGAAGUUCCCUCCUUCUGCCCAAAAAGUGCCCGCGCCGAGUGCUGGCUCCGUGCAUGACGCUCGUAACGAUGAUUAAUGUGCUGCGCUCAGGUGUAACUGUGUAAAAAAAAAAGGGAAAGGGAGAGCGGAUCAGACAAGAUGAUCGGAGAAGAAGAGUCCGUGUGAACAGAGCGAAGCGAUGGAGAGAUGCUCCAUCUCUCCUGUCGCACGACUCGCUGCCCUCGCCUGCCUCCUCCUGACCGCCCUGCUCGCGCAGCCCUCCACCUGUAACGCCGAAGAGGACGAGGAGCAGGUGGACUCCCUGUCUGCACCGCUGUCCGUCACCUCCCAGGUCACGCCCACCCCGCUGUGGGCGGUGGUGUGGGGUCCCACGCAGCCGCUGGACGAGGAUGCCACCUACCACUUGCUCUCCAGCCAGGAGGCGGACCACCUGCACCCGCGCGGGGGCCAGCAGGAGGAGGCCGGCACCGGCACGCCGGGGGACUGGCUCUACGUGGAUUCAAGCGUGCAGCCCCAGGAGAAGGCGCUCUUGGAGUCCAGGAACCGGGAGGGAGAGGAGGAUGGAGGGACGGAGGCGGAGGAGACUGAACCGGAGGAAGUGGACCCUCAGUUCUACGUCACCGUGACCAUCUCCUCACUGCUCAUCCUGACAGCCGUCAUCAUCACAGCCAAACUCUGCUACGAUCGCAGCUGUUCCCAGCAUCCGCCCCCGCUUUCCCGUGGCGUGGCCCCCCCUCUGUCCCUCGCGCUCCCCCGCUCCCUGGCUUCGGAGGACAGCAGGCAGACGCUGCACAGCACCACCUCCUCCUUCACCGACAGGGAGAGGAUCCCAGUUGUGAACCUGUGAGGUGACUGGUUUUUUUUUUUUUUUUUGCCCGUGUGAUAAACAUUUCUCCCCGGGGCUCCGGAGCGACCGCCGUCAACGAGGACCAAGGGGGGAGAAGAGCCCGCAGCUCUGUUUGCCUCUAUUUUCCUCUCCGACUGUGAAACAAAUUCAGGGAACCCAGGUAUCCAGCCAUCACAAAAAAAAACAAAAAAAACCCAUCGGCUUCCCUGAGGACUGAGAAAAAUCCCAAGCUCCUCUGACUCGCUCGCUUUCCUCCUGGUCGGUGUGAAAAAACAAUUCUUUUCAUGUGCAUCACUGUGACCCUGUUUUUCCACUGUUUGUACAACGACCCCCCCCCUCCGAGCUCUGCCAAGCUACCCGCCUCAGCCUGCCGUGACCAAUCCACCAACAAGCAGUUUAACAGCCAUGCAGCAUCCUAUUACCCCCCCCCCCCCUCCACCACCAAACCCACCUAUGCUUCCUCAGCCAGCCAUUCAGCUGCUCGCUAUCUAUCACCGGCGAUCCGACAGACUCCUGUUGCCGCGGAACGAGACAAGACAAGGAUUCGGUCCUCCUCAGCGGGCUUGUGGACGGUCACAAAGAAAUUCACGCUCAGCAUCUCUGAGAGUGUUUCACAAAGCCGUUCGGCGAGGCGGCGGCCAACAGCCAAUGUGUUUAACAUGUCACGCUCCAAAAACUGAUGUUUAUUCUCCCGCUUUGGGUGCCUGAAAUGCAAAAUAGUGGAGUGGGAUGAUGGGAUGAUGGGGAGGAGGGGGGGAUUUUCACGUUUCUGCAAAUGUAGCCGAGUGUUUUUCUUUUGUUUUUCCUCAUGAUCUGUUUUCUUAAUCAUCCGGCCGACGGUUCACCUCUCUGUCAGACAGGCGCGCUUUGUUCCUGCCAGACUGUGUCAGAAAUGUGUUAUUGACCUGAGUACUUCCAGUGGUGGAGAUCAAGUGUUCAGAACAUGAACGAACGGAGCAGAGGUGCUGCUGGAGGUCUGUUUCCCCCCCCGGUCCCUCUGCAAAGUUAGAUGGUGCCUAAACGAAGGGCAGAUCUACGCUUUGAUGCCAACGGGUGGGCGGACUGUGGCUGGGAUCUUCAGACUUAUCUUGGCGUAUGAUUUUCUUUUUUUUUUUUUGCUUUGUUCCUGGCAGCUUCGUCUCUAAGUAUUGAAAGAAAAACCUCCAUGGUCAUCAGCCGUCUUGAGGAAAGUAGCACACACACAAAAAAAAAAAAAAGAAGGAUCAGCAGCGAAUGAACACUCAAACACUGAGAACGGAUGCUUGCAUUGUUUCUAAAUCGUCUGUUUUUAACUAUCAGUAGGUUGUCAAAGAGAAAUUUCACUCUCUGUUAACUUUUCCCCAAGCAGCUUCCGAGACACGAGUCCCACUGGAAAACAUUCCCACUACCGAUAUCGUGCUGGUGGCGUCAUGGUAGCUCGUGCGACACUCUCCAGAUGUCCAGUUUUGUGGCUGUUCGUAGCAUCCCUGUAUGAAUUUGGUCGUUCUUGUUCCAUGUAUUCCUUGAAUAAAGACUCGACGCUGGCAUUUUA